ACUAAGUAAUUCUGUUUAGCGAUUAACUAUAGUGGGUUUUUAAUUGUAUUUUUGUUAAAUUUUUACCUGAUAAUUUUGAAUGUGUUACCUUUUCAGUCGGGCAAAAUCCAAGACAGCUCUACCUAAAGACCCAAGAUUCACGUGGAGUGUUGUGAAGCCGCAGGAAUAUUUCGGAAGCAGAAAUUAUUUUCCUUAUUUCCAUAGCAAAGGAGUCAUUCCGUCAUUCCUGCGUACAUCUGCACGGAUUUCGUAUCGUGGUAAGUUAUUGUAUAGGGUUAUAAGAAAACCGACUCGAGGGAAAUGAAGAACAGAGGUGGUGGCGGAUGUGGUAUAGACAACCGGCUGAAACAGCGAGUUGAACAGUAUUUGAGCUCACAGACAAGUCGAUAUGUCGACAUUGGAGCGAUGGCAGAACACCUCCAGAGGCUCUACAGAAUGGAAUAUGGACGACGAAACAAAACUGCAUUUAGGAUACAGGUGGAGAAAGUGCAUGGAGUGAUAUGCAGCGAGGCUGGCAUCACUGAUUUGGAGAGCAAGCAUUUGGCCAAAAGGGCCAGACACAGUCAGGGAGCUGACAGGGAUGAGGUUAGCCUCUCAGACGACUCUUCAGACAGCGAAGAUGAUGUGCCUGACAACGUGCCCAGCAAUCAGAUGAACAGCUCCCUGACGUCCCUGUACCGAAAAGGGGUUCCGGAGGGGGGCAGCCCUGCACCCGGGGAGCCGUCGGGGGACGGUCCCGUCACAGCCCCCGUCGUUGGCACCGUUCCCCCGGGGACCAGAGUGUCCAGGGGGGGCUGGUUCAUCGACAGGGGCCGGGGGGUCGAGGAGAAGAACAUCCUGAUCGACCUUUCUCAGGAGGAUGACGCCAACUCGACGAAGCAUGCUGAUGUUCCCAUGCUGGAGGCAGAGAAGAAGCUGAAGAAGAACAGACUGAAAAAAGGAAAGAGAAGGAAAGAAGGAGAUUUUCAGGGCGUUGAUGGAGAUGUGGAGGCCAGCAUUAUGAACAAGAAAGCCAGGACGAAAACCCCAGAGCUCCAGUACUCCCUUGUGAAGUUUGAGGACGUUGGCGGCAGUGAGGAGACGCUGAAGGAGGUGUGCAAGCUGCUGAUCCACAUGCGGCACCCGGAGGUGUACCAGCGGCUGGGCGUGGUCCCCCCGCGCGGGUUCCUCCUGCACGGGCCCCCGGGCUGCGGGAAGACUCUGCUGGCCCAGGCGGUGGCGGGGGAAAUGGAGCUGCCCAUGCUGAAGGUGUCUGCCCCAGAGCUGGUGUCGGGCGUGUCGGGGGAGUCGGAGCAGAAGCUGCGGGAGCUCUUUGAGCAGGCUGUGAGCAGCGCUCCGUGCAUCCUGUUCAUCGACGAGAUCGACGCCAUCACCCCGAAGCGGGAGGUGGCCUCCAAGGACAUGGAGAGGAGGAUCGUGGCGCAGAUGCUCACCUGCAUGGACGAUCUGAACUCCUUGGCCGUCGCGGCGCAGGUCCUGGUCAUCGGCGCCACCAAUCGGCCGGACUCUCUGGACCCGGCGUUGCGCAGGGCGGGCCGCUUCGACCGGGAGAUCUGUCUGGGGAUCCCGGACGAAGGAGCCAGAUUCAGGAUCCUGAGGACCCUGUGCCGGAAGCUGAAGCUGCCGGAGGGCUUCGACCUCCAGCGGCUGGCGCGCCUCACCCCGGGGUACGUGGGCGCCGACCUCAUGGCGCUGUGCCGCGAGGCGGCGGUGGGCGCCGUGAACCGGGUGCUGCUGGAGACCCAGGAGAGCCGCGCCCUGGCGGAGCGGACCCCCGGGCCUGCUGAGGGACGGGACGGCUGCGAUUCUGAGCCCCGCACGGGGAACCAGGACGGCUGCGUUUCCGAGCCCCACACGGGGAACCAGGAGAUGGCGGAUCCCGGCCCUGCUGCAGAGGGAGGGGUCCAGGCCUCCACUGUGGCCACACCAGGACAGGUCGCCACCGAGGGGGAGCUGUAUCGGCUGCUGGCCCUGCUGAAGAGCUCCAGCGCGCUGACGGAGGGGCAGCUGGCCGGCCUCUGCAUCCUGAUGUCGGACUUCCAGGCCGCCCUGUCCUGCGUGCAGCCCUCGGCCAAGCGGGAGGGCUUCGCCACCGUGCCCGACGUGACCUGGGACGACAUCGGGGCCCUGCAGGACAUCCGCGAGGAGCUCACCAUGGCCAUCCUGGCCCCCGUGCGGAAUCCGGAGCAGUUCAGGGCCCUGGGGCUAAGCGCUCCGGCCGGGGUGCUCCUGGCUGGCCCCCCCGGCUGCGGAAAGACCCUGCUGGCUAAGGCUGUUGCCAAUGAGUCUGGGCUGAACUUCAUCUCGGUCAAGGGUCCAGAGCUGCUGAACAUGUACGUGGGAGAGAGUGAGAGGGCUGUCCGUCAGGUGUUUCAGAGAGGCCAAAACUCCGCCCCUUGCGUUAUCUUCUUCGAUGAGAUCGACGCCCUCUGCCCCCGACGAUCUGGAUACGAGUCGGGGGCCAGCGUCCGCGUCGUCAACCAGCUGCUCACCGAGAUGGACGGCCUGGAGGCCCGACGACAGGUCUUCAUCAUGGCCGCCACCAACCGACCAGACAUCAUCGACCCCGCCGUCCUCCGGCCCGGUCGUCUGGACAAGACCUUGUACGUGGGGCUGCCCCCUCCGCCCGACCGGCACGCCAUCCUGCUCACAAUCACCAAGGGUGGCACUAAGCCCAAACUGGCGGCGGACGUCAACCUGGAGGAGAUCGCCAGCGACGGGCGCUGCGACUGCUUCACGAGUUCACUCUGCUACCUCCACUCUCACACCUCCUCCACCUGUAAGAGUUCACUCUGCUACCCCCACUCACACACACCUUCCACCUGUAAGAGUUCACUCUGCUACCUCCACUCACACACCUCCUCCACCUAUCACGCCAUCCCGGGUCCUUUGGCGGACAUUAGGGUGAGCAGGCAGAACUUUGAAGAUGCCUUCAGGAAAGUAAAGCCAUCCGUGUCCAAGAAGGACCAGAAGAUGUACGAGCUCUUGAGGGAGUCGCUCACCUGAUGAGGCAUCGUGGUGUCCGGCUUCUCGCCUGAAAAUUUCCAGCGGGAACGCAGAGAAACAUCUUGUUUGUGUAAUUUCUUUUUAAAUAAAAGAAUGUUUUAUAAUUCAGAAAA